UGGGCUUAGGAGCCACGUGAGCCCACCUGGGAUUUGUCUGGACCUUAAGAUAAGUCUAAUGGGACCCACUAUCUCUCAAUGAUCUUUCUUUUAUAACCACUUGUUUUGUUUUUUACUUCUCCCAUACUUCUCUUCCAAAACAUUUGUGUUUCUAAGCUUUUUUUGAUAGACGAUAAGAUAAUGAUGGAUUUUUAAAAUACAAAAAAUGUAUAGGUAUGGGGAGAAAGAAAUCUUUAUAGUUUAUAGUACAGGUGAGGAUCACAUUAUUAACUUGGCCCAUAAUUCUUUAAUGUUUCUUGACAUAAUAUUUAACUUGUGUUGUGUGUGGCUCUGGCGAACCCAUAAAAAUAAAAUUUUAAUUCUGGAGUAAAGUAUAAUCACAUGGUGUGAAAUGAUGUGAGUAAAGAGAUUGUGUACCUAGGUAGCAUGUUCGAUAUGGGGAAAUCCUACGUGUCAAACAACAGUGGUGUGAAGAAUCAAAGGAAGAUGAGAUGUCAUGAUGGAAGCCACAGUCUGUUAAAAAGUUUGUGGUGUGUGGUGGUUUGCUUCGUUACUGUGGUUUCUUAUUUUUUUGUGGAUAAGAAUUUUGGAACAAUUCAGGAAGAAUUUUGGAAAUUAAACAUAAUUUAUAUACACGAUAUAGAUGAAUUUGUCCGAAUUGUUGGAUGCAUCCCUUCUUCUCAGUUCACAAUAUCCUGAGAGGUGUUGGCAUGUAUGGGAUUAUAGAGGAUAUGCAUUGCUGACUCCACUUUUUAUUUUAAAUAUUCUUUUUUCACACUGAUACAAGCUGCAACAAAAACAAAUGUAAAUUGUGUUUGUAAAUGAUUUGAUUUAUUUUAGUAUUUAAGUGUUGAACCACUAAAAAAUAUUACAAUUAGAAUUUAAACUACUAAGAUUGUUUUCAAAAAAGAAAACUAUAAGAUUGUUUUCAAAAAAGAAAACUACUAAGAUCGUUUUUAAAUUCUGGCGCAAGGUUGGCGGAAUUGAUGGAUCUAGUAGUCUAAUUAUCAAAAGUCCAUGAUAUCAUAUAGUACGUAUUUUCAUCUGGGUAAACAUGUUUAUUGGAAAACUAACUGAUCUUUUAUAUUGAACUAGAGUUUGUGGUGAUGAGUGAUGGCCAAUGAUUUUGUUUCCAUUAAUGUUUCGUCUAAAUUUGGUAUCAGAUUUUUUAUGUCAUUUUGUAUCAAAAUGUUUUAACUGACAAACGAAUAUUUAUGGAGAUAUCGGAUCAUAAAACCCAUCAAGAAGUCCACUAAUUUUAAGUUUUUUUAAAGAAGUCCACUAAUCCUCCAUAUCGAAAAUCCACACGUUUAAAACCCUUAAGAGGACACGUCUAUGCGAAAAAAGACGUAAAGAGACGGUGCAUAAGUUUUUUUUUCUGGUUAAACAAGACUAUUGCAUAAGCGUAAGCUAAGGCCUAAAUGUAUUACAUGUGCCUCUUUUGUCCACGUUUUUUUUCCUCUUUCUCUGCAUUCACGUUUUCUGGUAUACAUUACCUGAUCUCCACGUCGAAAAGUGUAAGCAUUAGAUAGAUCAUUCACUAGAGACAACAAAUAUAUCUGUUACGUUUACAUGUGCCAAAGUUAGGUAUUGAAUCUGUAUGGUAAAUAUCAGUUCAUGCCAUCUUGUCACUAGACGUAUGGUCCAGUUUCUUAGAAAACUUCGUACUUGCCAAAAAAAGUUGUCCGCUCAAAAACGUGAAGUGUACCAACAACAGUUUGAGUCUCUCUUGCUAACCGGAAAGCGUACUAGUAGUUUGAGUCGCAAAACACUUUUAAAACUACUCUAUAAUGUAGUAUACUAUAAUUAAGCUUUUGAAUGUUAGUAACCAAAAAGGGUUUCAGUAAGUUGUGUCUUAAACCAUGCUAUUAUUAUCUAGAAAGAAUAGUUAAAACAUUUUCAUCGUCAAAUAUGUCUGACAUUAUAUGAACAAUUUUCUUAUAGUCGCUAUCCAGAUUCCAGAAUGAUAUAAACAAACAUCAUCAAAUCAAUAGAUUAAUUUAGCAUAUGUUAUAAAGCGAAGUUUCAUACUGAGGUUUGGGUCGUACUUUGGGCCUUGACACAAAUACAUUCAGCGCCACAACUUCUCUAAGUUGACAAGUCUUGCGUUGACUGAGCCAAUAUUCAUGUCAAUAGGUCAUAAUGCAGGGUUUCUUGUAUUCAGAUCUUUCUACAAGUUAUCUAGACAUUUCAGAUAAUUUUUUUUUUUAUUAACAUGGAAUAUCUCAAACCAAUGGAAAGAUCCACACAAAACUCCAAGAAUAAAUACAAUCCACGGAUAUACUUUCUUUCGGAUAUUCAAAUGAAUUCAAACAAUUGGCCGAUAUCCGCGUGACUAUAUGGAGCUAGUACUUUCGAACUGGAUGACAAUCGAUUCCUAAUCUAAACUAACAUGGUGACUCUUCGUCCAAUAGAAACCACUAAACCACUAUAAUGUAACUAAUAUUUCAGAUAUUUCCACAAGUUUCUCUUUAAGAUUUACGAUUUAGCACUUUAGAAGCUAGACCAAUAAUCAUGAUGUAGGGUUGGAUCUACUUGAAUCGUUGUAAUGUUUUUAUCAAACCAUCAAUGGUCUGAUUCUGACACCUCAGUAGUCCCCUUAUAUGGACUAAGUCAAGGAAGAUUGGCUAGAUCUUAUUUAUUGCUUUUGUCCUUGUUAGGCUUAUAUACUCUUCUAAUCUGAGAAACUUCUAAAAUUGGCCCUCUAACUUUAAUGUAGUGGAUCAUAUGUUGUCUCUGUAUUCAAACAAAACACCCUAAAAAUAUCAUAGUUUAAUACUGAAGAUAAGUUUUAUCAUUUGAGUUUCAACACUUAACAGCCACAUUCAAGCUGCAUUGAAUUUCUGUUGACUUCUCGCUUAUGCCAAGUUGGGCUGAGGAACUUGAUAAAAACAAUUAUGUAUGUGAUACUCAUUAACAUAUAUUAUUAUGAUUCACUUUCUUGGGUAAAGAACACAGAGCUAGAAUGAGAAGGGUUUGUUUAUUUUCUAAAAGAGAAAGGCUUCUUCAUUCAAUGAGAAAGAUUUCUUCUAUGUUUUGGGUGCCUCUGUUCUUACUAUCAUCUUCUUUCUCUGUUGCUUUGGACUAUAGUGUCAUCACUCCAAGAGACUCUCUGAAAGAUGGAGAUACUCUUAGUUCUACAGACCGUGUCUUCCAGUUAGGGUUUUUCAGUUUCGACCCAGAAGAGCAGCCUCAACAUCGGUUUCUUUGCUUGUGGUACAAGCAACCAUUUGCAGUUGUUUGGGUAGCCAACCGAAACAAUCCUCUCUAUGGCACUUCUGGAUUCUUGAACUUGAGUGAUAGUGGCGAUCUUCAGCUAUUCGACGGUGAACACAGAGCCUUGUGGUCAUCAUCAUCAUCAUCAAAAGCUACUAAACCGGCAAAAAAUCCCUACUUAAAGAUCAACUGUACAGGGAAUCUUCUCUUGGGCGAUGAUGAAGAAGCUGUGUUGUGGCAAAGCUUCGAUGAUCCAAUGAAUACAAUACUCGCGGGUAUGAAGCUUGGGAAGAACUUCAAGACACAACAAGAAUGGUCUCUAACGUCUUGGAAAACCCUAAAAGAUCCAUCCACUGGUGAGUACACUUUGUCUUUAGACACUCGAGGCCUACCACAACUGAUCUUGAGGAAGAAAGGAGAUCCGAGUUAUUCAUACCGCUUAGGAUCUUGGAACGGCUUGUCCUUCACCGGAGCUCCAGCUAUGGGACGAGAGAACACCUUAUUCAACUACAAAUUCACGUCGAGUGCGCAAGAAGUUAACUACUCGUGGACCCCUCGACGCGAUAUCGUCUCAAGAUUGGUUUUAAACACCACAGGGAAACUCCAGAGGUUUAUCCAGUCGAAGCAACACGAGUGGUUCUUAGCAAACACGGCACCAGAAGAUGAGUGCGACUACUACUCCAUAUGCGGAGCUUACGCAGUUUGUGGGAUUAGUAACAAAAACACACCUUCGUGUUCAUGUCUGCAAGGGUUCCAGCCAAAGUCAGGUCGAAAGUGGAACAUUUCGAGAGGAGCAGAGGGGUGUGUCCAUGAGGUUCCAACCGAAUGCGGUAAGAAAGAUGUAUUUGUGAGGUUUCCAGGUAUGAAGUUACCAGACACUUCAUGGUCUUGGUAUGAUUCAAGAAAUGCAAUGACACUUGAGGAUUGUAAGGUCAAGUGUUCGAGUAACUGCUCUUGCACGGCUUACGCGAAUACUGAUAUUCGUGAUGGAGGAAAAGGUUGUUUGCUUUGGUUUGGUGACUUAUUUGAUAUGAGAGAGUAUGCUAGCUUCGGACAAGAUGUUUACAUAAGGAUGGGUUUUGCUAAAAAGGAGUUUAAAGGAAGAGAGAAGGUGGGAAUGGUCGUUGGAUCUGUGAUUAGCAUCACAGUUGUUUUGGUUGCAGUAUUUGCAUGCUACAGAAAGAAGAUUAUGAAGAGAUAUCAUGGAGAAAGUUUGAUAAAAGGAGUUGGGGAAGAGGACAUGGACAUGGACAUGGACAUGGACUUGCCUAUUCUUGACAUUAAAACGAUUUACAUAGCCACUGAUGAUUUCUCAUACAUAAACUUUCUAGGAAGAGGAGGGUUUGGACCAGUUUACAAGGGUAGGUUAGAGGAUGGACAAGAAAUAGCGGUGAAGAGAUUAUGUGAAAACUCAGGACAAGGAGUGGUAGAGUUCAAGAACGAAGUUAAACUGAUAGCAAAACUUCAACAUCGUAACCUCGUGAGGCUUUUAGGAUGUUGCAUUCAAGGUGAAGAACGUAUGUUGAUCUAUGAGUAUAUGCCUAACAAAAGCUUAGACUUCUUUAUCUUCGAUGAAAGGAGACGUAGAGAGUUGGAUUGGGGGAAGAGGAGUAACAUUAUCUAUGGAAUUGCAAGAGGGCUUCUUUAUCUUCAUCAAGAUUCGAGGUUGAGGAUCAUACAUAGAGAUCUAAAAGCUGGAAAUGUUUUACUAGAUAAUGAUAUGAACCCUAAGAUCUCAGAUUUUGGACUAGCCAAAUCUUUUGGUGGAGAUCAGAGUGAAUCAAGCACAAACAGAGUCGUGGGUACAUAUGGUUAUAUGCCUCCGGAGUAUGCAAUUGAUGGACAUUUCUCAGUCAAAUCCGAUGUGUUCAGCUUCGGUGUAUUAGUACUUGAGGUCAUAACUGGCAAGACUAACCGUGGGUUUCAACAUGCAGAUCAUGAUCUUAACCUUCUUGGACACGUGUGGAAACUGUGGGUUGAAGACAGAGCAAUAGAAGUGCCGGAGGAAGAUUUGCUGGAAGAAACAUGUGCUGUCUCAGAGAUUCUAAGAUGUAUCCAUGUGGCUCUGCUUUGUGUUCAACAGAAACCAGAAGACAGACCAACCAUGGCUUCUGUUGUCCUGAUGUUUGGGAGUGAUGGUUCUCUCCCUGAUCCAAAACAACCUGGCUUUUUCACCAACCGGAACGUUCCAGAUGUUUCUUCAUCUCUAAGUCGUUCGAUAAACCAAGUUUCCAUUACAAUGAUACAAGGUCGGUAGAAGAAACAAAGAUCCUUUACAAACUAUGGUUGGUAAAAUGUGAUGUAAUAAUAAUGUCACCAAAGACAAAACAACACACACAAAAAUAGUUAGAGAUUAUAGAAUAUACAAAAGAUCGAUUACAAGGUUUA